AUGGCCGUGUCCGCCCGCGCUUUCCUGGCGGUGGCGGCGCUCGUCUCCUCAGGGACGCUCCCUGAAGCGAGCAGCCCCGGGCCGGGCCGCUCCUCCUCGGCUUCUCCGGCUCUCCCGUCGGCCCCGCGGGCUGUGCAGCCGGCCGGCGGCGCUUGUCCCCGAGGCGGCGGGCGCUUCGUCAACGUGACGGAGUUCGGCGCCGAGUGCCUGCCCUGGGCGGACGUGCCCACCUUUCUGGAGAAGACGCCUCAGGGCCGCGGGCUGAGGGGGCAGCGCAACUUCUGCCGGAACCCCGACGGCAGGAGCAGGCCCUGGUGCUUCUACCGGAACCCGCGCGGGAGGGUGGACUGGGGCUACUGCGACUGCCGGCAAGGUUCUGUGAGACUGAGAGGUGACCAAAAUGAGUUUGAAGGCACAGUUGAAGUAUAUUUGAAUGGAAUAUGGGGAAUGAUCUGCAGUAAUGACUGGGAUGACACUGAUGCAUCAGUGAUAUGCAAACAACUUGAACUGGGAGAGAGAGGCACAGCAAAGCAGACCACACUGCCUGGACUGGGCCUUAUCCCUGUUUACUGGAGCAAUGUACGUUGUCAUGGAGAUGAAGAAAACAUCCUGCUGUGCGAAAAAAGUAUCUGGCAGGGUGGAACGUGUUCUCAAAAUAUGGGAGCUGCUGUCACAUGUAGCUUUUCCCAGGCCAUUGAUUUUAUCCCAGUCCGUCUGGUUGAUGGGAAAAAUGCUCAUGAAGGAAGAGUAGAGGUAUACUAUGCUGGUCAGUGGGGAACCAUCUGUGAUGACCAAUGGGAUGAUGCAGAUGCUGAGGUUGUCUGCAGGCAACUUGGCCUUGGAGGAGUUGCCAAGGCAUGGAGCCAGGCUUAUUUUGGAGAAGGUUCGGGUCCUGUGCUAUUGGACGAAGUGCGUUGUACAGGAAAUGAGCUCUCUAUAGAAGAGUGUCCAAAGAGUUCUUGGCAAGAGCACAACUGUGGUCACAAAGAAGAUGCAGGUGUUUCCUGCACACCUUUGGCAGAUGGUGCAAUCAGACUAACAGGCGGAAAAGGCAGCCAUGAGGGACGACUGGAAGUGCUUUACAGUGGACAGUGGGGCACAGUCUGCGAUGACGGGUGGACUGACUUGAACACACAAGUGGUUUGUCGGCAGCUGGGCUUUAAGAAUGGGAAAGGUAUGUCAGAACACUACCUGGAAGAAAACACUGGACCCAUCUGGCUGGAUGACAUCAGCUGUUCAGGAAAGGAGACUGCCCUUCUGCAGUGUUCAAAGAGAGAGUGGGGAAAGCAUGACUGCAGCCACCAGGAAGACGUCAGCAUAAGUUGUUAUAGAGAGAAUGACAGCCACAGAUUCUCACUGGGGCCUCCUAUCAGAUUGAUGGAUGGUGAGAAUAAAAAAGAAGGCCGUGUGGAGAUUUUUAUCAAUGGCCAGUGGGGGACAAUUUGUGAUGAUGGAUGGUCUGAUAAGGAUGCAGUUGUAGUAUGUCGCCAACUCGGCUACAAAGGUCCAGCAAGAGCAAGGACGAUGGCUUAUUUUGGAGAAGGAAAAGGACCCAUUCAUGUAGACAAUGUGAAAUGUACUGGAAAUGAACGAUCCUUAGCUGACUGCAUUAAACAGGACAUUGGGAAGCACAACUGUCGUCACAGCGAAGAUGCUGGUGUGAUAUGUGACUAUCUGAGCAAGAAGACAUCUGGUAAUAGUAAUAAAGAUUCUCUUGCUUCCGUGUGUGGUUUGAGAUUACUGCAUCGUCGGCAGAAGCGAAUCAUUGGAGGGAAAAAUUCUUUAAGGGGUGGGUGGCCCUGGCAAGUUGCUCUGCGGCUGAAAUCAUCCCAUGGUGAUGGAAGACUGUUGUGUGGUGCCACUCUCAUCAGCAGUUGCUGGGUACUGACUGCAGCACACUGUUUUAAGAGAUAUGGCAAUAACACUCGGAACUAUGUGGUACGUGUUGGGGACUACCACACAUUGGUGCCUGAGGAGUAUGAGGAAGAAAUCGGAGUACAAGAGAUUGUGCAGCACAAAGAAUAUAAGCCUGAUAGCAGUGAUUAUGACAUUGCAUUAGUAAGGCUGGAAGGACCUGAAGAACAGUGUGCUCGGUUUAGCACUCAUGUCUUACCUGCCUGCUUGCCACUCAGGCGUGAGAGGCCACAGAAAACUGCUCCUAACUGUUACAUCACUGGUUGGGGUGACACAGGAAGGGCCUACUCAAGAACAUUGCAACAAGCUGCCAUCCCUCUACUUCCUAAGAGAAUCUGUGAAGAACGUUAUCGGACAAGGUUCACAGGAAGGAUGCUGUGUGCUGGCAGCCUACAAGACCAGAAACGUGUGGACAGCUGCCAGGGAGACAGUGGUGGACCACUGAUGUGUGAACGCCCAGGAGAAAGUUGGGCUGUGUAUGGAGUGACCUCCUGGGGUUACGGGUGUGGAGUCAAAGACUCUCCAGGUGUCUAUACCAAAGUUUCUUCUUUUGUACCUUGGAUAAGAAGCAUAACUAAGUUAUGACCAUGUCUGACUCCUGUUCAGUAACAACUGGGACACACAGUGGACAAAACACCCCCUUUUUUGCAUGUGCUACUUUCUGCGUAUUAUGGCAUUUUCAGCUAAAAUGUUGAUGGAAUGUUGGGUAUCACUCAUACAUUUAAACAAGAGGCAGGGAAGUUAGUAUUUCUCUGUUGUUCCCCAUGGAUGAAAUCCUUAACAGCAUAAACAGCUGCACAAAUCAGUUUUAUAGCUUUGUUGCUUGAAGACACUAAUCUCAUCAGCCUAAAACUCAGAGCACGCAGGCUCCACAAAGGCUCCCCUCAUUGGUGGAACAAGUCUGUCUUUUGUGCAACAGAACUUACAGACACGUCACAUGCACUAGGCUGUAUUAGGUUUCACAAUCAGAUUUUUUUACAGUGUAAGGACUCAAGUGUUUUACUGCGUAAGACAAAGUCCUCUGGAUUCUGCUCAAUUAGGUUAGAUUUUUAAGAAUUCAUCCUCUAAGAAUCAUUUACCUUCUGUACUAAAGUCAUGAGUAUCCAUUCCUUUUUUCAAAAUGAAGGUGGCAAAAGUAGGGAUAUGUCCUUAGCAGAUAUAACAUUGAGAAAAUGUUCACUGACAUGUCUUUCUUUUCUAAGAACUUCAUCAUGACAGGACCUAAAGGGCUUAACUUAGUGAAGUAGCCUGAUUCUUGCCUCUUAUUCUUGCUCUGCACACAUACAUAUUAUGUUCAGGCUAUAUAAAAUUAUGUACCUUAACAAAUGUCACUUGUGCUAGUUCCUUGAAAGUGUAAUAUAACUGCACAUUAUUUAUGACAUGUAUGUAGGAGCAUCUGUAGAACCACUGAAAGUUUUAGCUCCUGUUCCAACUUAAUUUGAGGAAGUAUUUUAAAGAUACAGCAAUAGCUAUGCUAGAAAGUUAAGAUGUGGAUGUUCUGUAUCAUUUUAUGUAAAUGUUAAAUCUGCAACCACUAGAAACAAUGUCUACG